UCUUGCAGCAGUGGCCCUUGUCUCUUACCUUGACCACCAUUCUAGUUAUUCCGUGACGGAUUUCCCGUAACGACCGCGAAUGGCGCGCCUGCUGCGCCCCGAAGACUACACGAUAGGAUGGGUGUGCGCGCUGCCCGUCGAGCUGGCAGCCGCGCAGGAGAUGCUCGACGAGGAGCACCCUGACCUUGAGCGCGACCCCGCGGACAACGACGAGAACCUAUAUGCGCUCGGUGCGAUCGGCGGCCACAACGUCGCGAUCGUUUGCCUGCCUGCUGGUUGCAUCGGCAACAAUCCAGCAGCGGCUGUGGCGACGCAGAUGCGAGCAACGUUUAAGAAGAUCCGCUUUGGGCUGAUGGUGGGCAUUGGCGGCGGCGUGCCGAGCGCAGAGGCAGACGUGCGGCUGGGGGACGUAGUGGUCAGCCAGCCGCAUGGGACGCUCGCCGGAGUGGUGCAGUACGAUGCAGGGGAUAUGACACUAAGCGGGUUCAAGCGCACGGGUGCACUCAACUCACCUCCGCAGAUGCUGCUAGCAGCUGUUUCGAGAGUGCGGGCAAACGAACUGCGGGGCCGAAGCCAGCUGUGUGAGCAUAUCGCCAAGCUAGGGAGUAUUAGCAAGUUCCAGCGCAGCAAGGCCGGACCUGACGUGCUGUUUGAAGCAUCGUACGAGCACGAGGGAGGGCAGACGUGCGACAAGUGCAAUGUCGCGAGACAUGAGGCUCGCGAGCCGCGCGACAGCGAAGAGGAAGUGGUGACGCACUACGGCACGAUCGCGUCUGGCAACCAGGUGAUCAAGAACGCAGCGGUGAGAGACAAGCUGAGCGUGGAGCUGGCGGGGGUGCUGUGCUUCGAGAUGGAGGCGGCGGGGCUGAUGAACAGCUUCCCGUGUCUCGUGGUGCGCGGGGUGUGCGACUACGCGGACUCGCACAAGAACAAGCGGUGGCAGGCGUACGCGGCGGGGACAGCGGCAGCGUACGCGAAGGAGGUGCUGUUGGUGAUACCGCCAGCAGAGGUGGCUAAGUCGCGCACGGCAGAGGAAACGAUCAGAGAGGCAAGCGCCAAACCAACCUACUGCAUACCGUUCCUGAAGAACCAAUACUUUGUUGGACGACGCCAUGAGCUGGCUGUGCUGCGGCAGAGGCUACUUGUGGAACGCGACUGCCAGAAUAUGUCUAUCGUGGGGCUUGGCGGAACGGGCAAGACGCAGGUAGCGCUGCAAUUUGUGUAUGAAGUCAAGGAGGCGCAGCCAGAGUGGUCGAUCUUCUGGGUGCCUGCGGUAAGCAUGGAGAGCUUUGAGCAGGCCUGUGCCGGGAUUGCAGAAGCGGUCGGCAUAUCGCAGGCGGCGGAUAAAGAGGAAGACGCGAAAGAGUUGGUGAAGGCGUGGCUAAGCGCGAGCCGAGCAGGGCGGUGGAUGCUAGUGGUGGACAACGCGGACGACCCAGACGUCUUGUUCGGGACAGAGCAGUCGCAGGGCAUCGUCGACUACCUGCCGGAGAGCGAGCAGGGGGUAGUGAUGUACACGACGCGCACGCUGGAGGUAGCGGUGUCACUGACGCGGGGAGAUGCGCUAGAACUAGGGGCGAUGGACUGGCAAGACGCAAGAGAGUUUCUGUCGAAGUCGCUGAUCAGGACGGAGCUUCUUCGCGACGACACAAUGACGCAAAAGCUACUGGAUGAGCUGACGUGCCUGCCGCUGGCGAUUGCGCAGGCGGCAGCGUACCUGAAUAUGAACCGCAUGUCCAUCUCAAAGUACCUGCAGCUGCUUCACAGCACAGAGCAGGACCUUGUCCGUGUUAUGAGCCGGGAGUUCCGCGACGACACGCGGUACAAGGGCUCAGCGAAUGCAGUGGCGAUAACGUGGGUUGUGUCGUUCAGCCAGAUCCGCAAGCACGACGCUGUAGCAGCGGAUCUGCUGGGGUUCAUAUCGUGCGUGGAGUGGAAGGCCAUACCGCGAACGCUGCUGCCAAGCGCAGAGUCAGAAUCGCGGAUGGAAGAGGCGAUCGGCACGCUGUGCGGAUACUCGUUUCUGACCAGACGAGAUGGCGAUGGCUGUGGGACAAAAGACGGGAGUAACAACACAGCUGGGGCAGAUGACGAGGAAGAGUGGUUCGACGUCCACCGUCUGGUGCACCUGGCGACGAGGAUCUGGGUCAGGAAGUACGGCGAUACAAGUGGUGUAGCAGCGGGUGCAGUGCGACAUGUCGCAGACGUCUUCCCGUCGGAUGACUACGAGAACCAGGCAGUGUGGCGAGCAUACCUGCCGCAUGCGUUACGGCUGCUUGGUGGUGGGCGGGAGAGCAACGCAGAGGAGCUGUCCGAGCUGUCCGAGCUGAGUCUGCUGGUAGGGCGGUGUCUGCGAGUGGACGGCAGGAUCGGAGAGGCUGUGGUGUGGCUGGAGAAGUCGUAUCAGCAGAGGAGCAAACGUAGCGAAGACGACUCGGGCCGGCUUUUAUCGCAGCACGUGCUGGCGAUGGCAUACCAAGCCGACGGACAGGUGCAGAAGGCGGUUGAGCUGCUGGAGCGCGUGGUUGAANNNNAGAGAAGACGCUGUUGCCAGAGCACCCCUCUCGACUGGCGUCGCAGCACGCACUCGCACGAGCAUACCAUGCAAGUGGUCAGAUACACAAAGCUGUAGACUUGCUCGAGACCGUGGUGAAGAUCAAGACUCGCGUCCUGCGAGCUAAUCAUCCGGCAUUGCUGGUGUCAGUUAAAGCUCUGGCUGACAUCUAUGCUGACCUGGCUGCCAACUCAGACGAAGCACUACCUUCAUCGUCUCUCAGGAGCCCCGCAAUGGCUGGCUCUGCUGAUCUUGUUUUGCAGCGGGGCAACUAGAGGUGGCAUGCAUACUUCCCUUCCACUUAUGCUCACCCACAAGCUGUAAGCCUUUCCUGACUAAAGCGAUGUUCACGUUAAUAGAGAUACAAUUCAAGUGUUAUCUCUUGCAGUAGCAAGGAGCUAAUCACGCAAAAUCC